GGCUCUGGCUGUCAGUCAAGGACGGUGCUUGGCCGUUCGGUGUUCCGCUGAUUCGGGAUCAGAGAGGACGCAAAUCAAGUGAAACAAAUCUCCUGACAGCAGAAAAAGUUCAUGCUGGAGUUUCCAAAGAGCUCAGAGGGACGCAUGAAGUCCAAGCUGAAUAUGGAGAGUUUGUCCAAGCCAGAGUUGCUGAUGCUUUUCAGCAUCCUGGAGGGAGAGUUGGAGGCCCGUGACCUGGUCAUCGAUGCCCUAAAGGCCCAGCGUAAAGAGCUGUUUAUCCAGGAGCGCUAUGGCAGGUACAACCUCAGUGACCCCUUCCUGGCCUUGCAGAGAGACAGCGAGGCUGUUGGGGGCCAGAACAAGGAGCCCGGCUGUUCCUCCCCCACCUCCAACCCACUGGUGGUUCUCAAACUGGUGGUGAGCCACUGCAGAAGGAUGCAGGAGAAGAUGUUGGCCCAGCUGGCUGCAGCGGAGAGCAGGCACAGAAGGGUCAUUGCAGAUCUGGAGGAAGAAAAGAGGAGACAUGCUGAGGACACAGCAGAGGGAGAUGAUGUCACUUACAUCCUGGAGAAAGAGAGGGAGCGCUUACAACAACAGCUGGAAUUUGAGCGAAGUCAGGUUCGACGGUUGGAAAAAGAACAGAGGCGGAUUACUGACCAGCUAGAAGAAGAACGGGCUCAGCACAAGCAGCUCUCCUGCGCUUUGGCAAAGGAGUGCAAGUGGGCAAGUGCCAGAGCUCUGGAGGAAGGUCACCGGCUGACUGAGCUGAACCGCAAACUCGACAAGGAGAAGGAGGCUUGUCAGGCCCUGAGAAAAGAGCUGGAGGACGAGAGGAGGAGAGCUCUUAGAAUGGAGGCGAGGGUGGAGGAGCAGCUGGCGGAGUUUGACACAGAGCGAGAGCAGCUCCGCUCACGUUUGAAGAAGGAGGAAGCUCACUGUUUGCAGCUACAACAACAGGUAGAAGAGUUGAAGAGGAAGAUGGAGGAGGCAAAUAUGAUGAGAGAUGUUAGGGGGGUAGUUACAGCUCCAGAAAAGGAGUGGGCCACAAAAAUGCCUUUAGGAAAGACAGCAGCAGACACUAUUAAGGUUGAGGACAUUGAGGAAGACAGAAACCAGCAACCUGUCCAGCCUAAAGUCAAUGGUCACCACUGUCCAAUGGAGAUCAACGGGCACCAUGGUGCAAGUAACGCCCUCUCAGAGAAGAUCUGCCUAGAGAAUGGGAAUGAAAAUUCUCCAGUUCAUCAGACCCAGACAUCAAUUUCACCCACCCCCUCAACACUCCCUCCUUCCUCCCCCUGCGCCUCGCCUGUUCUUGCCAAACGCCCACCAGGCAGCCCGAGCCCUGCUAGCUAUCAGUCUCCCUACCAGGUCGGGAUAAACCAACGCUUCCACGCUGCUCGUCACAAGUUCCAGGGUACCAUUGAACCAGAGCCUCAGUCACAGACCACACUGCCUCCCCUUUCACCAAAGGAUGUCUCCCCUGCGACCAGCAGCUCCUCCACAGAAGCCAGCCCAGUCAAGCAGAUGGCGCGGAGCACAGUCACUCAAGUCCUAUCUCGCUUCACCACCGUCCAGCAGAAUACCACACCGAAGCUCGCUCCACCGAACAAUUCACCCUUCGGUACAGACUACCGCAGCUUGGCAGCGCCCUUGUCUCCUGUCAUCGCAAGGGCUGCGGCAGCACUUCCACAGGGGAUCAGAUCACCCACCAUCCCGAGGGCAGAAAGGGGCAACCCUCCACCUAUCCCCCCUAAGAAGCCCGGUCUGGCUCAAGCCCCUCCCUCCCCGGCCACAGUGCCGAGGUCUGCAGGCCAUUUCUCUGACAGCCCCCUCUCAGGCAUCUGUGGCCUCACCUCGAGCCAGGAGGGAGUCAAAGAACUGGACAUGGUGGUUUCUUCUAAUUAACUGAUUGAUUGAUUUGUUAAUAAAUUAGUCAGCUGCUGCUCCGCUUGUGACACAAUGAUUUAAUCUACAUCUCAUAAUUAUGAUUGAGAUAUUAUUUUGUACAUGACAGGAUUGAUAUCCUGUGCUUAUUUGAACAGAGGUCCAUUCAAACACUGUUGUAAUUGUAUUUAUUAGAUUUAUAUAUAUUUGCGCUGAGGCAAUAUUUUAGGUAGUGGUUCAGGUGCUGGUACUAAUGAGCAGUUACAACUGAUUUCAUUUUAAACGUGCCAAUACUGUAUAUUGGGCACACCGUACUGUUACAAAAUAUGAAGGUCUUCGAUGAUGUCAUAUUUCCAAAGAAUAAAAAUCAGUUUAUCAUGUGAAGAGGUUUUUUCCCCCCUAUUCUUACUUCAAGUAUGCCAUUUGUUAUUAUAACAAAUACUGUAAUCUUCAGAUGUAACGAGCAGUCCUUGGACCAAUGAUGUUAUAUUGUCUUCAGUGUGCACUCAUAUGUACGUAGCUGUUAUUUUUAUAAAAAUGUGUAGUUGAUUUUAUAAAUGUUACUUUAGUUAUUAAUGUAUGAUAGUUUUACACAACAGAUAAUCUAAUCAGUGUCAUACUAAGCUUUGUUCAUGUAUUACUUUAAUGAUGCAUAGUUAUGAUAAUCUUAUAGACUCAGAUUACAUAAAGACAUCAUCAUACAAUACUUUCUUUAAGAUUACUGAUUCUAAUGAAUGUCAGGCCCAUGUCAUUUAUAAGAAACCAUAAUAAAACACUUUUAAUUGUCGAACACAGCUUUGAUCGAUAUCACAACUGCCAUGUUGGUUAUCUGUACAGUUAUCAGAUCCUUUACAGUACUGUAUAGCUGGAAAGUGACAGAUUUAAUAAAUGAAUCCCAAAGAUGA